AUGAGGUUCCUAGAAUUGUCGCAUUUCAUUUAUCGUUUACAACGUAAUAGUCAUAUAUGGAAUAAAGGACAACAAAUUCCCUAUGUGAACUAUAAAACUCAAAAACAAUAUCCCAUUAUGUCAUUAGUGGCAUGUUUAUUCAUCUUAAUGAUCGCUAUUUGUGGUUUAAUGGGCAUUCUAUUAGACAAAUCAUUAUUAUUAGUAUUGUGUAUUGUUAGUAGUUUAAUUAUGGGAAGUGGUCUAAUUAUAUUAGGAGUUAUUAUACUCGGAUUUAUUGAAAAUAUUUCGGAAAAUUAUUCAUAUCACUUAGAAGCAUUGUUAGUUAAUUAUAUCGAAGACGAUGAUGAGAAAGCCAAGGAAGAGUUGAGAAUAGUUGAGAAUAGUAAUGAAUGUUGUGCAAGUGAAGAUCCAAAAUGGUUAAAAGUAUCAAGGAAAGAAUGUAGAAAAUCCCUCACUCGUAAAAUUAUUUACAGCGAUUUUACUCCGAGAGGGUGCACAAAACUUGUCAUCAUUCAAACAUUAUCAAUUCUUCAAUUAAUCAUUUUAGAUAUUACAACAGGAUGUUUGACUAUUUUUCUUGGUAUAUGGACAGUUACUAUCACAUGUCGAAUCAUUGAUCAAUAUGAUGAAGUUUUAAGACCGUUGCCAAUUAAUACUGUUGAUAUAGAAAAUCAGAAUACACCACAAAGAUUAUUGUAUCCUGUUGUUACAUCAUUAAAAUCAACGACAAUUUUUGCUCCAAAUAAUAUAUAUUUACAAUAUGAAUUAACAGUUAUCGUCAAAAAAGAAAAGAAAAAAUAUAAUGAUUCCGCCUAUUAA